AUGUGCCUUGCCAACGGCAACAGAUCCCGUGAUGGCAGCCGCAACAGCAACGACAGUCAUGGGAGUAGGAACGGCGGCCACAAUAGUGGCAAUGGCGGCCCCUAUGGCAAUGGCGGCAACAGCGGCAACGGCAACCGUAGCAACAACCGUGGACGCCACAACGGUGGCGGUGGCGGCCGAAACCGUGGAGCACCCCGGUGCCAGAUUUGCCGCGAGGAGGGGCACUACACCAUUGACUGUCGCGAGCGCUACAACCACGCCCAUCAGUCGGACAAUCAUCGCAGCGGCAACAUGGUGACGUACGGCCAUCGCGACAACAACUGGUACCUCGAUACCGGUGCUACUGACCACCUCACCAGCGACCUCGACUGCUUAACGAUGCAUGAGCGCUAUGGAGGGAAGGAUCAAGUUCAAGUCGCAAAUGGUGCAGAGCAACCGGAGGAACUCCAGGGGACGAAGGCACAGGAGAUCAAUCGGAUGCGUCAGCUUCAGGCGCUGGCGCCUCUGAUCCCGAGGCAGAUCGUGCCGCUCCUGCUGGAGACAACCGCGGCGUGGGCGGCUUGGCCGGACUGGUGGGGCCCGGCGAAUCUGGCGCGGGCCAAUCAGCAGUACUAUUAG